CUCUUCCCGUGUAUUCUUACCCGUGCAAGUGAAAAUAGCACGUUUUGUUAUGAUAAGGGCAUCACAAGGAACUUCGUAGGUGCGUCAUCCAUCAAUAAGUGACAUCAAGCCACACAAGGGAUAAAGAACCAAGAGUCGACGAGACGCAACCAUGAGCUCCACCGCCUCUACUCUCCGGAUAGCCACCUUCUGCAGGAGUUCCCGCCAUCUCCUGCCAAAAUCCGGCCUGCGUUACUUCAGCUCAGCUGCCCAGAGCUUGACCCCAGAGGGGAAUGACCCCAGCAGUAAAACCCUCAAACAGGAGAGGUUGGGCAGCAAAGGUCCAACCAAACCGUUGCCCAAAUGCGCCGAGGUGGUGGUGAUAGGGGGCGGCAGCAUGGGGUGCCAAACACUCUACCAUCUGGCCAAAAUGGGCAUCACCAAUGUGGUCCUGUUGGAACGGGACCAGCUGACUGCUGGGACCACGUGGCACACAGCCGGUCUCCUGUGGCAACUACGACCCAGUGACAUUGAGGUGGAACUCCUGAGCCACACGCGCAGGGUUGUGAGCAAAGACCUGGAGCAAGAGACCGGGCUACACACCGGCUGGAUCGAGAACGGUGGCCUCUUCAUCGCCUCGAACAAGCAGAGGUUGGACGAGUACAAACGCCUCAUGUCACUGGGGAAGGUCUAUGGGAUUGAGUCCCAUGUGUUGUCUCCCUCGGAGACAAAGGAUUUGUACCCUCUGAUGAACGUGAGUGACCUGUACGGCACUCUCUACGUCCCCACUGAUGGCACCAUGGACCCUGCCGGGACCUGCAGCACCCUGGCACGUGCGGCCACCACUCGUGGGGCCACGGUGAUCGAGAACUGCCCAGUGACGGGGAUCCAGGUGAAGGUGGAUGAUUUUGGGGUUCGGCGGGUCGCUGGCGUGGAGACGGACUAUGGAACGAUCCAGACAGCUUGUGCCAUUAACUGCGCAGGUGUGUGGGCUCGGAAGCUGGGGGCCAUGGCUGGGGUUAAUGUUCCUCUUAUUGCCAUGCGGCACGCCUACGUGGUGACAGAGCGGAUCGAAGGAAUCCAGAACAUGCCGAAUGUUCGGGAUCACGACGCCUCAGUGUAUCUCCGUCUCCAGGGCGAUGCCUUGUCGGUGGGAGGAUACGAACCCAAUCCAAACUUCUGGGAAGAGGUCCUGGAUAAGUUUGCCUUCAGCCUCUUUGAUCUGGAUUGGGAUGUCUUCACUCAGUUGAUCGAAGGAGCAAUUAAUCGUAUUCCUGUACUGGAGACAACUGGGGUGAAGUCAACUGUGUGUGGCCCAGAGUCUUUCACUGCCGACCACAAGCCGCUGAUGGGGGAAACUCCGGAGCUCAGAGGCUUCUACCUGGGGUGUGGAUUCAACAGCGCUGGUAUGAUGCUGGGAGGUGGCUGCGGGAAGGAGCUCGCUCACUGGGUCAUUCACGGUCGACCCGAGAUGGAUAUGUAUGGUUAUGACAUCCGGCGCUUCCAUCACUCAAUGACCAACGAUAAUCGCUGGAUCCGAGAGCGAAGCCACGAAUCCUACGCCAAGAACUACUCGGUGGUCUUCCCGCACGACGAGCCCCUCGCUGGGAGGAACAUGAGGCACGACCCUCUGUACCAGGAACUCGUCCAGCAAGGCUGCGUGUUCCAGGAGAGGCACGGAUGGGAGCGGCCAGGCUGGUUCAACCCGACGGGACCCGCUCCGCUUCUAGAUUAUGAUUAUUACGGAAUGUACGAUAACAAACAGCAUGAAGAUUACAGGUACAAUCAGCUACUGCGGGAGGAUUACACCUUUGAUUUUCCCACGCACCACGAUCAGAUUAAGGCCGAGUGUCUAACCUGCCGGAAUGCAGCUGCCGUGUUUGACAUGUCGUACUUCGGCAAAUUCUACCUGGUGGGCCCUGAUGCUAAAGAGGCAGCAGAUUGGUUGUUUACUGCUGAUGUCAGCACAUCGAUAGGUAAAACGGUCUACACCUGCAUGCUGAACAGUCGAGGCGGGGCAGAGAGUGAUCUUACUGUGAGCCGUAUCGAGUCCUCCCCACUAGGAUCAUCUCUCACUCCUGCCUUCGAAGGUGAUGGCUACUACCUGGCAGUGGGAGGGGGAGUGGCGCAGCACAACCUGUCCCACAUCACCUCCGUACUCCAGGACCGCCGGCUGAACUGCCGGCUGCUCGACUGCUCGGCGGAGAUGGGGAUGAUCAGCGUGCAGGGACCCCUGAGUCGCGCGGUUCUGCAGGAUGUUCUCGACGUGGACCUUAGCAACAAGGCUUUUCCCUUCUCCACUCACCAGGUGGUGAAAGCCGCUGGCCAUUGGGUGCGGGCGAUGAGACUGUCGUUUGUCGGCGAGAUGGGCUGGGAGCUGCACGUGCCGAGGGACGCCUGUGUGCCCGUUUACCGGGCGGUCAUGCAGUCUGGCGCCAAGUUUGGGAUCGCCAACGCUGGUUACAGGGCCAUAGACUCGCUCAGCAUCGAGAAAGGGUACAGACACUGGCACGCUGACCUGCGAUCUGACGACACUCCUCUGGAGGCCGGCCUCGCCUUCACUUGCAAACUCAAGUCCAAGAUCCCGUUCCUUGGCCGAGAGGCUCUGGAGGUGCAGAAGGCACAGGGACUGUUCAAACGCUUGAUGUGCUUCACCAUCGACCAGAAGGUGCCCUUGUUUGGCCUGGAAGCGAUCUGGAGGAACGGCAAGGUGGUCGGACUGGUCCGGAGGGCAGAUUUUGCGUUCACUCUCAACAAGUCUGUAGCUUACGGUUACAUCAGGGAUCCAGAGGGGGCAGUGGUGACCACGGACUUUGUCAAGCAGGGCGAGUACUCGCUGGAGAGGAUGGGAGUCUCCUACCCGGCCAAGGUCCACCUCAAAUCACCCUUCGAUCCAAGCAACAAGCGAGUGAAGGGGAUCUACGAUUAAGGAUCUGGGAAACGAAAGCUGCCAUGAGCCCAGUGUUUGGCAAAAAUGCAACCAGGAAUAUGCUGUCAUUCCCAUUGACUUUCAAUUGAGGGUCAUUUGAUGCAACUCUGUAAUAUUUAGUAGCAAUGUUACAAAAUUUUGAGAUUUUAAAAAUCAAGUCUUUAAUUUAUCCCAUCAGAUAAAGCAUCAAAAGAAGUUUAAUUUGACACCUAAUUCACUUUCAUAUCUUCAGUAUUAAAAAGGUUAUGGCCAUUAUCAUACUCGGAAAUUGGCAUCUUGUUCCCUAUUGCUUUUUCAUCGACUUAACACAAAAGCUGUGAUCGAGAACAUUUAAAAGACCAUAACUUUCUUAAAAUUUAAGAGAACUGAAAGAAAUUUUCAGUUAUUAUAGAUUGAGGCAUUCUGAAACAAAUAUGAAACAAUCUUACUUGGAUGACUUGAAAUUAAAGCAUAUAUUUAGUUAGUUACCUAAUUGUAGCUAAUUACAAAAUUCAAUUACUAGAUCUAAACAGCUAUCCAUUUCUUAAGAAUAGAUUAACAUUUUUAAAUAGCCCAAGUGUCCAAAUAACAUUCACACAAGAAUUCAGAAUAUAAUAUAAUUUUUAAAUCUCAUUGUCAUGGAUUUAUAGGCCAAAUGGACAGAAUUUAAUGUUUAAUACCUGUAAAUUAAUGGCCAUUUAAAUCAACUUGCGAGUGGGUUUUACUGGAACGGGACCAUUUAGAACGUUGAGGUUGCGGUGAAUUUAUACCCCCAUAUCGGCAGCAAAUACACUGCCGGUUCUUCGGGGGGGAAAAUCACCGUUUCGCAACUUAAAAUGUGAAUUAAAUACAUCUUAAGAAACACUUUUAUACAUAAAAAUAAACUACUUUCUUUUACCUGGUCCUCCAUAAAAUCCGUCCCAGUUGUCGGCAUUGACGGCUUCAGAAGCUGAUUUUAAAAUCAUUCCAGCGAUUAAUUUGUGGGGUGAAUUUUUUAAAAAAAACACACAGAACGGCUGUAGGAAUGAUUCUUUAGCAACAUCUUGCACUCCAACAAAUAUAAUUCAGGACCAGGUCGGGAAAAAACCCUGUUUUAACCCCCCCUAACAAACGCGCCAAAAUCGCGCACACGGCCAGUGGCAGAAUUGCAGUGCCGCUACAGGUAAGUUUUGUAACAUACCUAUAUUUAGUGAAGAAUUCAAAUCCAGUGUUAUAGGUUCCAGAGUUGCCUGGUGUUUUUAAUAUUUUAUUAAAUCAAAGGAGAUUUUACAGUUUUUAUAAUCAAAGUUUUAAAGAUUUCAAUUUUGCACAAAUACUGAAAAUGUUGUAUAACCCUAGCCAGCAUGCAAUGACGUCUUGGGUGGGCGUUGGUGAAUGGGAAGAGGGGGGUUUACGAGGCAUUCGAUGGUGGUUGGAUAUAAGCCACAGAGCAUCUAUUUCGGAAAGAGGCCCUUCGGCCCAACUUGUCUGUGCUGACCAAGCUAGUCCCAUAAGCCGGCCUGGUGGCCCCACACGCAUCCUCCUCCAGAUGUACACAAAGUGUUGGGGUACCUCAGCGGGUCAGGCAGCAUCUCUGGAUAAAAAAGGAUGGGUGACGUUUCAGGUCGGGUUGCACGGUGGUAGAGUUGCUGCCUUGCAGCGCCAGGGACCCGGGUUGGGACCUGUCAGUACAGAGUUUCCUCCCACACUCCAGACACACAUCCAUGUAUGUAGGUUAAAUGGCUUGGUAUUCUUGUAAAUUGUCCCUGUUGUGGAGUGUGUGUUGAAACCAAAGAUCUCGGAGUAAACCCACGCAGAUCACGGGGGGAACGUACAAACUCCGUACAGACAGCUCCCGUAGUCGGGGUCGAACCUGGGCCUCCGGGGCUGCGAGCGCUGUAAGGCAGCAACUCUACCGCUGCGCCACCGUGGCUGGCAGGCACACGAACCUGUAGGUGAUGGAGGGUUAUUGACUGUGUGCAUGCAGAUGGUAUUAGAUUAAAUCGGCCUCCAUGGUCAGCACAGAUGUGGUGGGCCGAAGGGGCUGUUGUGGCCGUGAUGUUAAAUCAAUCUGCCUGUGAAUGAGGGAGUUUAUUCGUCCCGUGAUCGUGUUCCGGGGGCAACAUGCAACGUUGGAUGUCCCUAGUCAGACCCUUAGAGUGGCGUGACUCAUGCCCAGUCCAUCGACUGCUUCAGCAUAACCAGUGUCCCCAGUGUGGUGACAAAAUUGUUCUAACUUCAGCACAAAAUAAUCACCUGUAUGCGUACAGUCAUGAAUAAUGGAUUAACAGAUAAAAGUUGUGUGUUCUUUAACAAGUAAUAAAUGGAGAAAUGGAAA